UGAACUGACAGUCAGCGAGUCAGCCAGUUUUCUGUCAAGUCUGUCAUAGUGGUCUUGUCGCAUCUGUUACGUUAAUAUUGAGUUGAGAGAAAUUUUUUUAAGUUUUGAGAAUUUAUUUGUAUAGGAAGUAUCAGACCGCAAAAGUUUUAUAAUCUUAUAUCUCCUAUUGGAAGCCAUCUAAGUUAAUCAUUUUUAAUCUGCAACAUGGCUGCCGCCCAAGCAGCAGCACCCAGCGUGAGGGAGUAUUCUAUAAGGGUCCCAAAAAAUUCUAAGAAACGUUAUCAUGUGAUGAGGUUCAAUGGAAAUUUGGAAGUCGACAUAGGAAAGUGGUCACAAGUGAAAAUGGAAAGAGAAAACAAUAUGAGAGAGUAUAAAGGAAUUGAUGAAGAUCAGCCUAAAUUUGGUGCGGGUUCUGAGUUUGGGAGAGAAGCCAAAGAAGAAGCCAGAAGGAAGAAACUAGGUAUAAUAGCUAAAAAAUACAAGGUGGACGAUCAACCUUGGAUUCUUAAAACUUGUGGAAGCACAGUGAAGAAAUUUAAAGGUAUCAGGGAAGGUGGAGUUUCUGAAAAUACCGCCUACUACGUUUUUACUCACGCUGAAGAUGGGGCCAUUGAAGCAUUCCCUCUUCAAGAAUGGUAUAAAUUCCAACCAAUCCAGAGGUAUAAAUCUUUAACUGCUGAAGAGGCUGAACAAGAAUACAGUAAAAGAAAUAAGCAUAUGAACUUUUUCCAAUUGAUGUUGAGGAAGAGACUGAAGGGUGAUGAAGACACAGAGAUUGAUGAAGAGGAAAAAGGAAAGAAACCUAGCAAAUCCAAAGAUCUGAAAAUAUCAGAAAUGGAUGAAUGGAUGAACAGUUCAGAUGAUGACUCUUCUGACAACGCUGAACCUAAAGAAGAGGAAGGUGAAGAAAAGAAAGACACUAAGAAGAAGGGAAAAGGCAAAAAGAAUGCACCAAAGAAGAAAAAGCGGAACACUGAUAUUGAGGCGUUUGAAGACUCAGACGAUGGAGAUGGAGAAGGCAGAGAAUUAGACUACAUAAGCGACAGUACUGAUAGUGAACCAGAAAACACAAAUCUAGACAGUGUUGCCGAAGAGAAAGGUCUCAAAAAACUUCUGAAUUCUGAUGAAGAAGAUGAAGAUAGCGAUAAAUCAGACAAAGAGAUGAGUAAUGAGGAUGAAGAUAAGGAAAAGGAGGGAGAAAAUCAAACUGAAGAGAAGGGAGAUAAAGAUAAGAAGAAAAGUAAAAAGAAGGUGAAGAAGGAAGGAAAGAAAGAGGUCAAAAAAGAGGAGAGUUUGACUGACUUCAGUUCAGAUAGUAGUUCAGAAGACGAAUCAAAGAAAAAGCCUGGCGGAAAGAAAACAAAGAGAGAGGAUGUUAAUAGUGAGAAUAGUUCGAGAUCAGCGACUCCUACAGAUAAUAAGAGGAAGAUAAUAAGUGACGCCUUGGCAGGACCAUCCAAUAAGAAAAUGAAGCUCGAUCUCAAUGCAAUUCCUGGCUCAAGUGAAUCGGGUAUCACGGAAGAAGCUGUAAGGAAAUAUCUGAUGAGAAAACCGAUGACAACAACGGAACUACUUCAAAAAUUCAAAUCUAAAAAGACUGGUUUGUCCAGCGAGCAAUUGGUCGCUAUAAUGACUCAAAUCUUGAAACGGAUAAACCCAGUGAAGCAGAUGCUGAAAGGCAAGAUGUAUCUUUCUAUAAAACCGAAUUGAGGCAGUAAUUAUUGUUAAUCAUUUUUAUUUUCUUUCUGAGUGGGACCGAUGAGUGUGUCUUAUUAGAAGGAUCGCAACAUCAAUUUUAAAUAAUUAUUUUAUAUGUUUGUAAUUAUGUUAGAAUUGAAAAAUUUACAGAAAAGUUAAAUUAUUCGAGUUUA